CGUCCACAACGCUUCCCUAAGGCGCAUGCCCUCUCCGAGAGGGCGGGGACAGAAGAUGGGAGCACGUUGUAACUUGGAGGGUCAGUGGAGGGAAGGCGAGCUCAGAAGGGAACGAGAGUGGCGGGCCUAGAGCGCCUUCGCUGCUGUGCCCAGUGAGGAAUGUGGGUCUAUUAAAAAGGUGCCGCAUACCACAGUAUCUUCAAUGUAAUGAUGCCAUCAACCAGAAUGCAGAGAUCCUUUCAGCUGGCAUAUAGGACGUAUUUGAUAUCUCAUCGCACCAGUAUCUUUCACUGCUUGAAAGGACAACCCUCUUCACUUAAUUCUAGACAUAAAAUAGUAUGCUUGGCUCCAAACUCCCAACAUCGGUGUCUACAUGCAUCUGUUACUGUUUGUGUUUCCAAAGAAAGGGAAUCUUUGGGGAAAAUAACAUCCCAACCGGAAGCGUCUCAUUCUAAAGAACUGGAAAAAACCUCACAUACCACAACAGAUAACUUAACCCAGGGAGCUUCUGUAAGCUCAAGUUCGCCAGAGCUUGAUCCCUUACAAGAUAAGUCAAUCAGUCUUGUGCAGAGAUUCAAGAAAACUUUUAAGCAGUAUGGAAAAGUUUUGAUUCCAGUACAUCUUUUGACUUCCAGCAUAUGGUUUGGAGCCUUUUACUAUGCAUCUUUAAAGGGAGUAAAUGUAGUUCCUUUCCUCGAAUUCAUAGGACUGCCUGAAAGCAUUGUAAAUAUACUAAAGCAUUCUCAGAGUGGCAAUGCAUUGACGGCAUAUGCAAUGUACAAGAUUGCAACUCCAGCCAGAUACACAGUGACCUUAGGUGGAACCUCCAUCACUGUGAAGUAUCUUCGUAAGCAUGGCUACAUGUCCACACCGCCUCCAGUUAAAGAAUACAUUCAGGACCGAAUGGAAGAAACGAAAGAGCGUCUUUCAGGGAAAAUGGAGGAAACCAGAGACAUGAUAAGUGAGAAAAUGGAAGAAACAAAGGAGAAAAUAACAGAAAAGAUACAGGAAACCAAAGAAAAAGUUUCAUUUAUUAAAAAGAAAGAAUAAGAUUGAAGAGGUAGUAAAGAAAAAACUAACACAUAUUAAACCCUCCGGCAAUCUUGGAAUAUGUGUGAUGCCUGCUUCUGUUUCUGCUUUAGUUGUUUUGAUUGACUAGAAAAUGCCCGUUGUCUAUAAACUGAAGUUGGGCCAGUAUUUAAUGCUUAUACCCAAAAAUUAUCAAAAUGUGUCUUUGGGUUAGUAUAUUGUAAAUACAACAGGAAUGGGCUUCAGAGCUAGGUGUUUUUGGGUCUGCCUAGUUGAAGACCAUCAAAACUGGAUCCAUAUGGAGAAAUUAAAAAGGUUGUCGACAUACCCUUUCUUGUUGUCAUCAUCUACCAGAUCAGAGGCAAACAAAUGGAAUGGUUGGGGGCAUGGAAGCAAUGUAUCUUUGGGAGGAAAGGGUAAAUCAUUUAAUAUUGUAAAUUAAACUUAACACUCUCACAAGGUCAGGGAACUAUUAAAUGAUAUAUUUACCCAUGCUGUUUGUUAUUAAAAGUUGACUUAAAACAGAGUGUUAGAAUGAGCAAAAUUAUACUGCUCUUACAUAUUUACAAAACAGAAUGGGCAGUGAUUCUUCCAUGAUUAGCCUCAAACCAAUGUUGAAUUUCAUGCCAAUGAUAGAAGUUUUUCAAAAGAAUGGCCCUGACCUGGAUAGCUCAGACUAGCCUGAUCUUGUCAAAUCUCAGAAGCUAUGCAUAGUUCACCCUGGCAAGUAUUUGGAUGGGAGACCUCAAAAGAACACCAGGUCGUGACACAGAGGCAAGCGUUGGCAAACCAUCUCUGAACAUCUCUUGGCUUGAAAAUCCUAGCAGAGGUCACCAUAAGUCAGCUGUGACUUGAUGGCAAUAAAAAGACAAUUGUGUGCUUGUGGAACUAGAUGUUCACAGUUCUGUAGCUCAGACGGCAAAUGCUGCUGCCUUUCCCAUGGAAAAAUCUCAUAAUUCUGCUAGAGAGUAAACAAUCUUUGCUAUACCAGUCUGUAUUUUGUUGUGAUAUGGAUAAAGCAGAAAAGGGUGGGAUCUUGAUUUUGGUGGUUGAAGCAGUAGUCCCUGACCAAACCAUCACAUUAUCACUUUAAAUGUUUCUGUGGUUAAAAAAACCCAACAUACCUAUGGUAAAGCAGUGGAUCAGACCGCUGUACCAGAGCAAGAGAAGAAAGCCAAUCUAUUCACAAAGCCUUUUGUGCAUGUAUAAGUGCUUUAUUGCAAUCAUAGAAAGUGUAAAAGCGUUUUUCUUUGAAAUUAUUACAGGAUUGUGACUGAAGCAGUUCAUUUUGUAAUUCAGCUAUCUUAAAACUGCAUGGGAAAAGUAUAAAAACAUAUUUGUCUCCUUACAGAUUUCUUUCUGUCAUUCUGGUCAAGUUACAUCACCUUUGCCACUGCAGUUCAUCUUAUAAAGAUUUUGUUUCAGAGGCUGGAUAAAAGUUUUCAGAAUUUUGAUGGGGAAUUGCAAGUCUUAUGUUUAAAACAGGGCCUCCUAGCUUUAGUAUAUCUUUCUUAGGAAAUUAUGUGGCUUAUGUUUUUUGUGGUAAAGUCCAGUGCAGAAAUAAACACUUUUCAUCAAGCCAUCUCAUCAGGUAGUGCUGUUGAGAGCUUGAAGCAAGAUCCAGUAUGAUAUAAUAACCAAGCAUUAACUUUCUUCAAGGGUUCAGAAAGUCAAUGGGAUUUCUGGCCCUGUUCCCUGGACAGUCAUUCAGCAUAAAAGUAGGUCCAUUCUGCUGUUCAUUUUACCUGAACAUGCUUCCUGUGGUGGCAGUUGAACUGGUAAGGUAGAACUUCACCAAGUUUUGUCAGGCAUUGGGGUCUGUUCAUUUCUGGAGAAGAUGCUACUGAGACGGAAGGCCUAAAUCUUCAUUUUUUGUUUUUAAUGUGAUUUUGAAAGCAUCUGAAGCAUUGUAAAAAAAGAAAAAGAAACUAUAGAAAAUAAGAGACCUGGAUAGGGAGUUUAGGCUGGCUUUUUUAAAAGCUAAAGGUGAUGUCAUUUUUAAUUAUUUAAAUUGACCCAAGUUUGUUUAAUAUGAAAGUACUGACUAGUACCCUUGGAUCCAAGCUUAUUUUGUUUUCUCAAAAGAAACAUGGAAAUUUGCUUUGCAAAAUAAUGGCCCAUUCCGCACAGAUCACACAAGCAGGGGUGCACUGGCAUAGUCUAAGCUGAUGCACCCUGAGGGCUGUUCGCAUGAUGCACAGGCCACUCCGCCCCCGGUGCCCUUUUACCUCCUGUCAGCUCCUGUUGUUCUGUGGAGGCCAGGGGACAUGCCCCCGUGACCAUAGCAACGCCUCUGGGGUCGGAGGCUAGGAGGCGUGUCCCCUGGCCUCCACAGAGCGACCGGAACCGACAGGAGGUAAAAGGGCACCGGGAGCGGAGUGGGGAAAGCAUCAGCUUCCAUUCGAUGCCGUUUGCUUGGCACUGGAUGGAAGCCGGCAUUUUCAAAAAGACUCGCUCUAUGAGUCAAGAAAAUGCCAUUGUGGGCGGGAAACACCUGUGCAAUCUUCUCCCCCGCAACGGUGUUUUUACUGGUCCCACACCAGUCUAAAUGGCCCCUGCGGAAUGGGGCGAUGAUUGUACCAAUGUUAUUUGACCUCAGGGCCUAUUUUAAUUCUACAUAAAAAUUAACCAGCAGUGUAGAACUGUCCUGAUGGGGUCCUGGUCUGUGGGUUGCAACUUAGAAAGCAAUAAAUGCAUAGUAGUGGCUUCCCUUCGUUGUUUUUUCUUUACUUACAAGUUUUCACAAAAGUAUUCAGGCAAAGUCUAUAUUUAAAGUGCUACAGCCUUUUCCCCUCAGCUUGUUCCGCUGGCAAUGAUAAAGAGUUUGAAAUUUUUAACUGGUGAUAAGGGAAGUAUGUCAAAUUAGUUCAGUUGAUUUAUAAAUCGAAAUAAACAAAACUAAUUGGGAGCAGUGUGUUGUUGCUAGUGCUACGUACAAUAACCAUUCAUUUUCAUGGGACCUUCCCUGGAGCUCUGCACCACCUAUGUUCAAGUAGCACUGAACAGAAAUAUUGAAUGGGUCACUCAUCAUUUCAACCACUGUAAUUCCUAAGUGUUUUUUAAUUUAUUUUAUCCUCUGCAACUGGAGCUUGAUGGGAUUAAUAUUUCAAACCUCAUAAUUUGGAUUAAGUUACUUAUGCCACAUCAUUGUUAGGCUUUUAUGUUGGGGCCUAAAGGGAUCUGUUAGCAGUAUAUUGAAAUAAUAAAGGGGAGUUAAAGCAAACACUGUUGCUACAAAUGUUAUAUGCAUGCACAGGAAAUCUGCAAGCAUUUGCAUGGCUUAUUCAUUUUUCUCUGUCUUUUUCUUCAUGCUAUUUUGUCUUUCUGGCAGCCGCCAUCUCCUCUCCCCUUUACCUACUUUCUUCUCUCCUUCCCAUACACCAACCAAAGUUUCUUCCAUCUGCCCACUUUCAAUGUUGUUAUUUCUUUACUUCAUUUACACCAUACAUUUCUGUCCAAUAUGGACCCAAAGCACUUUACAUAAUUUCCCAUUUUGUCCUUACAACAGCCUUGUGAAGUAGGUUAGGGAGGGAGAGAGUCCCUUGCGCAAGCUCACAUCAAGCUUCCAUGGCAGAGUGAGUAUUUGAACCUCCAUCUCCCAGAUCCUAAUCUGACAUUUGUAACUAUUACUCCAUAUUGACUCUUAGCAUUUCCUCCUUUCUUCUCCCUGGCAGCCUCUCCCUAGGAAAAGUUUGCCCCAGUUGGAAAAGUCAUGUAGUAGCAAGUCACUCAGCUGAGUUGUGUGGUAGACCCUGCCAGGUCUGGCAAAGUCUUACAAGUUGUGUAUAAGCUUCUAUUGGGCCCAGGUAAGUAGUUCAGUAACCAGUGCCACAUCACAGGCGAAUUGUCGUAGCAAACUGCCCAGUGAUUGUUGCAGGGUCUAGUUCAAUGAGUCCUUCCUGAAGAGGAGGAGGAGCAGAGACGACUGGGAAAUCACAUAGUCCUAGAAAGGACUUUUCCCCAACCUUUUACAGAUGGGAACCAAGAUUUGAAGGCUUGCAAUAUUGUUACUGUUGCUUAGCAACCGCCAUAGUGGCCACUGAGGUCUGAGAGCAUCAUUUCUCAAAGGUGGUGGUAAUGCUUCUGUUAUGGGAGAGUUUAAAAAGAUUUUCCUGCAAAUCUGGGGGCUUUUUCAAGUUUAUAGAAAAAUCUGUCUUGUUUAUACAUGACUUCGGUCCCUAGAUUUAUGUAUUCACCAAUUGGUCAUGUUGAGAAUAAUUUAUAUUUGUCAAAAUAGUUCUUUUAAAGCAAUUAUGUAACAUACAUCCAGUGAUUUGUUUUCUUUAACUGCUCCAUAUCCCUGUUGUAGAGGUUAUUGUACACAAGACUGACUUCUGUUUACUGCAGCUCUUCCCAAAGCACUAACAUUACUGUUCUGAAAAGUAAAUGUGUAGCUGCAUAAUAAAUACCAUAUUACACCGCA